AUGGCUUCAUCAUCACAAAAUAACGCCAACAGCAAUGGCGCCGAGCCCAUCGACAAUGUCUCUCAAUUCCUAAGGGAGAGCCAGGACCGCAUCUUCGUGAACAACAAGGCCUGGGUUGACUCAAAGAUCUCCGCGGAUUCGGACUUCUUUGCGAAGUUGUCAAGUGGUCAGAAGCCGGAUUAUCUGUACAUCGGAUGUAGUGAUAGUCGCGUGCCUGCCAAUGAGAUCAUGGGACUUGAUGCCGGCGAGGUUUUCGUCCACCGGAAUAUCGCCAAUCUGGUUCCGAAUACGGAUCUGAAUGUUAUGUCGGUCAUUGAAUAUGCCGUCGCCCACCUUCACGUAAAACAUAUUGUCGUCUGCGGUCACUACAUCUGUGGUGGCGUCCAAGCCGCCCUCUCCAACACCGACAUGGGCCUCCUCAACCCAUGGCUCCGAGGCAUCCGCGACGUCUACCGUCUGCACGAGAAAGAGCUCGACACCUACGAUGAUGCUGAAGCCAAGUACCGCCGCUUGAUCGAGCUUAAUGUCUUGGAGCAGUGCCGCAAUGUGAUUAAGACUGCUGUUGUCCAGCAGAGCUAUACACAUAACGGCUAUCCGAUUGUGCAUGCUUGGGUUUUUGAUUUGAAAGAUGGGUUGCUCAAGGAUUUGAAACUGGACUUUGAGGGGACGCUGAAGGAGAUUAAAAAGAUUUAUGAUUUGGAUGCGGGCCCAAAGAAGAUGAAGUAA